AUGAGCAUUUCAAGGUGCUGCCGUGCGGGUUGCCUUUGGCUUUGGCGCAUCAGCAGCAGCAGCGGGGCUGGGGGUCGGGGCCUCCUCUAUUGGAAAAAGGGGCCAGCAGCAGUACAGCAGUCGCCUUACAUCUUCUCCUCCCUAUUUCCCGCUCUCUCCCCAUCAGGUGCUGCUGUGCGGGUGGCCUUUGGCUUUGGUGCAUCCGCAGCAGCUGCGGGGAUGGGCAUGGGGCCUCCCAAAGGGGGCAGCAGCGGUUUUGGCGAUGGGGGUGGUGGUUGGGGAGGAGGGGGGGGAGGGGGAGGUGGAGGAGGGGGAGGAGGGGGAGGAGGGGGAGGGGGAGGGGGAGGAGGGGGAGGGGAAGGUGGAGUGAAAGAGGAGGGAGGGGUGAGAGUGAAGGCAGAGGGGAUAACCGUGGAUGGUGCAGGGAUGAUGGGCGACUUUUCUGCUCCUGGUGGCUCGUUCCAAUUGGACGAGAAGAAGGCAAAGAAGAGAGAUACCAUGGAUUACAGUCGCUACUACCCCACAACGCUUCCUCUACGCCCCCCAAACACUGGCCCACCAGACCUUCUAAACGAGGCUGAGUUUGGGGAGGAGGCUCUUGCUCGCCCUUUCAAUGAAGCAGCUGUGCCUCCAGCCAGGGAGCUAGGCUUGAAUCCCCCUGCUGCUGCUGCUGCUGCUUCUUCUUCUUCUUCUUCUUCUUCUCUUGAUGACCGGAUGGUCUUUUUCCAGCUGCCCGCCGCGCUGCCAGUGCGCCGGGAGCGGGCAGCUGAGCUCGCGCCGGGAGAACCCGGGCCGUUGGAUGAGCUUUCAUCGCUGCCCGAGGGGCGGAUUGGGAAGAUUCUCGUGUAUGAUGAUGGGAGUGUGAAGAUGAGGUUUGGAGACACGUUAUUUGAUCUGCAGGCUGCUUCGCCCUACAGGCUGGGGCAGCUGCCCCAGCUGCAGGCUGGUGUGGAUGCUUCGCGUGCAGUGAGGUGUAUGCUUCGCGUGCAGUGA